GGGGCCACUCACCGGAAACAGAGGUUGGGGACAGUAGAUGGGUGUGGAGGAAGUGUGUCGGGUGGAGCGGGGGUUAGAGGAGUGACGUGAUAGCUGGGACUGUUCUUUAGUGAGCCUAGGUAAGUUGACCGAGGAGCCAAAACCAAAAGUAGCAAGGACCUCUUCCUCGAGGAACUCGCUGGCCUUCACCGUGGGGCAUCGUGCGCUGCAGACCUGGGAUCAGAGGACACGGCAGAGGUUUCGAGGGGAAGCGAAAACUCCCCUGAGCCUCAGGUGUCGCGCAGGGCAUCCUGGGAGAUCCUGGGAGAGCCGGCAGUCAGCAGCCCAACCGGUGGAACCGCAGCCCAGUGGGGAAGGGCUAUAACCUCCCAGAUUAGAAGAACUGAGGGGCUGGGAAAAGGCAGGAAUCGAACAGGGGGCUCACUGAUCACCCAGACCUGCUCACCUGUCGAACAGAAUAGAGACCUGGAAAGUGGAGAGGGAGGAGACAGUGGCUAAGGAUCCAGAAAUCAAAGAAGAGAAACAGCAAGAAAUGGCUGAUUCUUCAGUCAACGUGUCCCAGGAUAUGUUGACAUUCAGGGAUGUGACUGUGGACUUCUGCCAGGAAGAGUGGGAAUGCCUGGACUCUGCUCAGAGGGCUUUGUACAUUGAUGUGAUGUUGGAGAAUUACAGCAACCUUGUGUCUGUCGAGAACUACUGCAUAUGUGAUACUGUCUGUCAACAUCUGAAGACCGAAAAGGAGUCUUGUCAGUGUAAUGAGCUUGGUGAAAUGCUUCAUGAACCCUCCAACUCUGCACUUUAUAAAAGAAGUGACACUACAGAAACCUCUAAUAACUACAGAUGCUGUAAUGACUGGGAUGCCUCUGUUGAUUUGUCAGACUCAGAUAGACUUAAAAGGAUGCACACUGGAGAAGAACGUCAUGAAUCUAAACACCGUGAGAAAUCUCUAAAUUUGUGUUCCAACAUGACUCAAGAUCAGAGACUCUACACUGAAGAGACAGAGCACAGACAGGAAAAAUAUGAUGACCAUUUCAGCUCUACAUACAGUCCCAUGCAACAAACAGUCUACAUUGGAGAGAAUCCACACAAGUGUGUGAAAUAUGGGAAAUGUUUCAGUAUUGCAUCAAGCCUCAGUGUACAGCAGAGAAUGGAUACUGGAAACAAACCUUACAAGUGCAAUGUUUGUGACAAAUCCUUUACGCAGUGCUCAAGUCUUAAAACACAUCGAAAAACACAUCAAAGACUUCGUGCUGGGACAAAACCUUACACAUGUAAUGACUGUGGAAAGUCAUUUUCUUAUUUGUCAGCACUUAAAAGCCAUCAGAAAAGGCAUACUGGAGAGAAGAGGUACAAAUGUAAGGAGUGUGACAAAUCCUAUGCCUACCGUACUGGUUUGAAGAGACAUCAGAAAAUCCAUACUGCAAAGGAACAUUAUAGUUGUCAACACUGUGGCAAGGUCUUUCAUCAGCUCUCACACUUUAAAAGCCAUUUCACACUCCAUACUGGAGAGAAGCCUUACAAAUGCAAUGAGUGUCACAGAUCCUUUCCCCACUAUGUAUUCUUUAGAAGGCAUAAGAAGAAUCAUUCUCUACAGAAAUCACACAAAUGCAAAGAAUGUGGUAAGUCCUUUUUUAUAUUGUCACAUCUUAAAACUCAUUAUAGAAUCCAUACCGGUGAGAAGCCUUACAAAUGUACAGAAUGUGACAAAUCCUUUACUCAGUACUCACAUCUUCGAAGACAUCAAAGAAUUUAUACUGGAAAGAAACUUUACAGAUGUGACAUAUGUGACAAAUGGUUUACUAUGGCUUCAAGUCUUAGCAGACAUCAGAAAAUCCAUAUUGAACCAAAAACUUACAAAUGCAAGGAGUGUGACAUAUUCUUUACCCACUACUCAAGUCUUAGAAGACAUCAGAAGGUUCAUACUGGAGAAAGACAUUAUACAUGUAAACAGUGUGGCAAAUCUUUUACUAGGGCCUCAACUCUUAGAACACAUCAAAGAAUUCAUACUGGAGAAAAACCUUACAAAUGUAGUGAAUGUGACAAAUCCUUUACACAGGCCUCACAACUUAGAACACAUCAGAGAGUUCAUACUGGAGCGAGACCUUAUGUGUGUAAAGAAUGUGGCAAAUCACUUACUACAUGUGCAAUUCUUCGAGCACAUCAGAAAAUUCAUACUGGUGAGAAGCCUUACAAAUGUGAGGUAUGUGGCAAAUCCUAUAUCCAGUACUCACAUCUUAAAAGACAUCAGAAAGUUCAUACUGGAGAGAAACAUAAAAUUGUAAAUAAUGUGGCAUAACAUUCAUCCAGUAUUCUCUCUGCAUUCAAAUCCUAACAUUAUACAUACUAGAAAUGUAAGUGUAAGAAACAUGGAAAGCCUUUAAUAAGGUUUUAAAUCUUAGAAUGUAUCACGAAGUUUCUCAAAAUAAAAUUUCCAAAUGUAAUUAUGU